AAAGAAUAAAAAUAGUAAAAUGAAAAAGGGGAAAAAGUGAAAAGAUCGAGAUCACCGAAUGCAGAAGCAAAGUAGGUGGUUUGAGCAAUGUGCAUUGCGUAGACAUAUAAAUCGUUGAAUCGAAUUGAAAUGCGAAGUAAUUGAAUGAGCGAUUGGUGUGAAGAUGGAGGGAAUUUGGGAGAACAUGCUUCGAAACCAUCAGAACUCGCUCAAAUCCUUAUUCCAGCGCAGCAAGCCUUCUUCGCCGGACGCCUUCGCCGCCGAUGACUCUGUCAAUUCCUCCAAACCCAUCCCUCAGCUGUCUCCUCUCGCCAACUCCGUCGUCUUUCGCUGUUCCAAGAUCCUUGGAAUGUCCACGCAGGAAUUGCAACACUGUUUCGAUUCGGAACUCCUUCCCGACUUCAAAGAGCUUCUCACCUACGCUAGACACCUCUUGGAGUUCUGUUUCUACAAAGCGCUUCACAAACUCAGUGAAAGCUCCGAUUUUUUAAACGACAAGGAAUUCCGUCGUUUAACCUUUGACAUGAUGCUUGCAUGGGAGGCUCCCAGCGUCCACACCCUCCCAGAAACCCCCAGGUCAACUAAAGAGGAAACCGUCGGGGAGGAGGAUGACUCCGCCUUGUUUUAUACAAGUUCCACAAAUAUGGCUCUUCAGGUUGAUGGCAAGAAGACGGUUGGUCAAGAGGCUUUCUCGCGGAUUGCUCCUGUGUGUGUUUCCAUUGCUGAUGUUGUAACUGUUCACAAUCUCUUCCAUGCACUCACGAGUACUUCCGCACAUAGGCUUCAUUUUCUUGUUUAUGACAAAUACCUAAGAUCACUUGAUAAGGUUAUAAAGAAUUCUAAGAAUAUGAUGUCUGCGUCUGUUGGAAAUCUUCAACUUGCUGACGAGGAGAUUGUCCUUGAUAUUGACGGGACAAUUCCAACUCAACCUGUUCUUCAACAUAUUGGAAUCGUUGCAUGGCCUGGGCGGUUGACCCUGACCAAUUAUGCUCUGUACUUUGAGUCGCUGGGAGUUGGUAUAUAUGAGAAAGCUGUUCGAUAUGAUCUGUGCUCAGACUUGAAACAGGUCAUAAAGCCUGAUCUAACUGGACCCCUUGGUGCUCGCCUGUUUGAUAAAGCUGUGAUGUACAAGUCAACUUCUGUAGCAGAGCCUGCAUAUUUUGAAUUCCCUGAAUUUAAAGCAAACUUGCGUCGUGACUAUUGGUUGGACAUUAGUCUGGAGAUCUUACGUGCACACAAGUUUAUCAGGAAAUACAACCUUAAAGAGACACAAAAACUAGAAGUACUUGCCAGGGCUAUUCUGGGCAUUUUCCGUUAUCGUGCAGUUAGAGAAGCUUUCCGGUUUUUCUCAUCCCACUAUAAAACUUUACUUACUUUUAACCUAGCUGAAAAUCUUCCACGGGGAGACAUAAUCUUGGAAACCAUUGCACAUAACUUAGCAAAUUUGACUGCUGUUUCUGGUAAACGUGAUGUUCCUGCCUCUAAAGAUACAAAAGGGCAUCUAUCAGUGUCUCCAGCUGCAGUUAUGGCACUUUUCUAUCUUGGAUUCAGAUCAAAAAUGAUGGUUGAUAUUUGUGAGGGAACAAUUUUUGUUAGUGAUAUGCAGGUUGGUGAGAUACAUCCCUUGGAAAUUGCAGUGAAAAAGUCCCUUCUGGACACUGGAAAAGCUGAAGCUGCACAAGCAACCGUGGACCAAGUGAAGGUGGAGGGAAUCGAUACAAAUGUUGCUGUAAUGAAGGAACUACUAUUCCCCGUCAUUGUAUCUGCUAAUCGACUACGGCUGUUGGCCUCAUGGAAAGACUUCUACAAAUCGGCAGCCUUUUUGCUACUCACGUGUUAUAUGAUUAUAAGGGGGUGGAUCCAGUACCUUCUGCCAUCCAUUUUUGUGUUUGUUGCAAUUCUCAUGCUCUGGAGAAGGUAUUUCAGAAAGGGAAGGUCAUUAGAAGCCUUCAUAGUAACUCCUCCCGCAAAUCGAAAUGCUGUAGAACAACUGCUCACAUUACAAGAGGCGAUUACACAUUUUGAAGCAGUCAUUCAAGCUGCAAAUAUUACUCUCCUAAAGUUGAGAGCUCUUCUACUUGCUAUCUUACCACAGGCAACAGAGAAGGUUGCAGUAAUACUUGUAUUCAUAGCAGCUGUGUUUGCUUUUGUUCCACCAAAAUAUAUCUUUUUGGUAGUAUUCCUUGAGUAUUACACAAGGGAGAUGCCAUGUAGGAAGGAAAGUAGUGAUAGAUGGAUAAGGCGGAUUAGAGAAUGGUGGAUCAGAAUACCAGCUGCUCCUGUCCAGCUCAUUAAGCCUGAAGACUCCAAAAAAAGAAAAUGAUUUCAUACGCCCAAAAGCUUCACAUAAUUUUCUGGGUAGUUUGGAUCUUUUGUACGGCCCCACAGUGAUCUGCUAAGGAAGUUUUGACAAAAACAAGCUUAUUUUCGAUGUCAUUACCUUUAAAAUUCAGUAGAUAUAAUAAGCAAUAUGUUGAUGUAAUAGAAUUUGAUCUAGGCAUGACUAAAUACUGGAUUGUGGGAAAAAUAUGUAAAUACCCAAAACUGAUCCUACGAAAACGUACUCAAAUUCAAUUUAUUCUUGAGUAAACACCACACAAUUCUCA